AUGACUUCCGACGAUAAUGUUUCAAAAAAAGUAAAUCUAAAAUCCAAAGCCGCACCUUUGCGAAGGUCUGUGUCUACAACUAGUCUUGGAAUAUUAUAUGCAAAACACUUAAAUUUACGUGACACCAAAUCUUACACAGGGGGCAUGGAAGAUGCAAAGAGUGUUAGUUCAGAAGAAAAUGAAGUAAGAAAUGACAAGAUGGGAGAACUAAUACACAGGGACAGGCCAUCAGUCAAGAACGAAAUUGAAACAAAGGAUGCGAUAACAAACGAAAUACUCGUUAUAAAAGACGAGAUGUUACAAUGUGGAGGAAAGAAUUAUACGCUCAACGAAAUAGCUCACAUCUGGAAGAAAGAUUGCAGAAUAUGGCUAUGGAAAAACUGUCCUGAAUUGAAGAGGAAUAAAUCUGUGGGAGAGAAAAUAAGACUGGGGCUUUUAAAACACAAAAAAUAG